UUGAUCAAAAUUCAACCAUGGCUUGGACGCUGGUUCAGUCCUAUCAGUUUCAAAAUAAUACUUCAUUUAACAGAUUACGUUUCGGCUUGGAUAAACCAUUCAACGAAAAGAAGCCUCGCUGGGAUGUAUAUCGUCUUUCAAAGUCCAGAAUGCAAUCAAUCCAAGACGAUUCGAGUCAAUUUCGAAUAACCUGCAAGUACGACACGGAUGGCAUGGUCUAUCGGGAUUACCUUCAGGCGACAAAAACACAAGUGGACAUAAUGAGUUUCGAUUACGCGUCGCAACCAUGCUCUGUGGUCGACGUAAUUGAUAUCCGCGGUCAUAGCUGUUCCAAAUGCGAAAUCUUGCUCGUUCAAACAAACGUAUAUGGGAUUCAUUCUUCAAUCGGAUGUAGUUUCAAACCAAGCGGAUACUUCGACUGCGGCGGUUUGGGUGAGGACAAUUUUGGAUGGUAUGAUUGUGCCAAUCCAGCCCAUCGAUGCUCUUCCUCGCCAACAGCCACAACGCAGAUCUGGCUUGGCGGUGGUCCAUGA